AUGUCCAGCGUACCUGUUCCAACAAGACGUCAGGUUCUGGCCUUGUACAAACAGUUCAUCAAGAAUUCAAAUCAGUUCAAUAAUUAUAAUUUCAGACAGUAUUUCCUAAGGAAGUCAAGAUCAACUUUUAAAGAAAGCGCUGAUCUUAAGGACACAGUCCAGGUGACUAACAUGUUCAACGAGGCAAAGAAAGAAUUAGGUAUCUUGAAAAGACAAGCCGUGAUCUCGCAGAUGUACACUUUUGACAAGACUGUCGUCGAACCAACUCUCAAAUUAAAUCAUACUCAGUAA